UCAUAUCAGCCCCGUUAUAUUAGUCAGCAUUCCAAGUGCAAGCGGUAGAUUUUCGCGUGGCACAUACACAGCAAACGUCGAAAUCUUUUAACGAUGAAGGCUGUUGCCCUGGUUCUUCUUUUAGUCGCUUGCUGCGCUUCAGCAGUUCGAGACGACAUCUGCUAUUUGCCGCACACAAGAGGGCCCAUCGAAUGCCUGGCCUACUUCCCCAUGUACACUUACAACAGCGCAGCUGGUCGUUGCGAGUCUUUCGUGUAUGGAGGCUGUCGAGGAACUGCAAACCGGUUUCCCACAUUGGAAGCUUGCGAAGAACGAUGCGGAGGAUCAAAUGAGGUGAGAAGAUCGUAAGAGAAACUCCAUGGAAUGACACCGUUCGUUUGCUGAAACAAGGCUUUAAUGACUGAUACUUCAAUAAACGGCAUAAGCUUACAAA